UGCAGAGAAGUGGACGGGUACACCCCACACUCCCCUAAACCCACUGGCUCACGCAGAGUAGCACUGCGCACGCCUCUCCGUCCAAACGGAAACGAAACAAAACCACCGCCGCGCUGCGCUGCUUUCUAAUUCUACCGCCGCGCUGCGCUCAAUGGCCGCCGAUGCCAGGGGCCCGGCCGCCUCCGUGCGGCUCCGCGUUGCGUGGCGCGUCGUGCGUGCGGCGGAGCUCCUGGCCCUGGCCGUCCUCCUCUCCCGCUACUUCCCCCGCCUCCCCUGCGCCGCCGCCGCGGCCUCGUCCGCGCUCCGCCUCGCCGUCUCCUUCCUCCUCCACCCCCGCUCCGUCUUUCUCCUCGCCAACGCCAUAGUGCUCCUCCUCCUCGCUCUCUCCCGCCGCGACAACGGCUCAUCUUCCUCCUCCCCCUCCCAAUCGACGUGCUCCGACCACGCCGCGCAAGACCAGUUCCUCCCCUUCACUGCCGCGCCGCCGCCAUUUCCUCCAAUCGCCGAGGCGCCGGCCCCCGAGGAAGAGGACGCGGUGUUCGAGGACAAGCUGGCGGUGCACGUGACGACAGUGCGCGCCCCACCACCGCGGCGCAGCAGAUCGGAGAAACCCGGCGGCGGCGGCGGCUGGAGGAGGGCGGCGUCGCCGGAGCUGCGGCGUGCGGAGUCGGAGAACGGGCGGAGGCGACGGUCGACGUCGGCGGCACCGCCGGAGGACAAGGAGGAGUUCCGGCGGGCGGUCGAGGCGUUCAUCGCCAAGCAGCAGACGCGGUUCCACCACGAGGAGUCCUUGGUCGCCGUGGCCGGGAACGAUGCUCUGGCAAUCGCCGGAGCUUUGGCCGCAGCGAAGUGAGUGAAGCAAGGCUGCAAGAGUGAUGAGUGUGAAAGGAUCGAGGGGACGGGGGCCAAGUGUGUGUAAAGAAAUUUAAUAA